AUGAGCGACCGGAACCACGCCUCGGCACGGCCUGCGAGCAAGACGCUGCUGAAUCUCGGCAAUCUGCCGCCGAAGCAGAUGAACUUUACGACGGACGGUACGGGCUCGUACCCCCGUACCGCGUCGCGCGUCGACCCGAACAACCCGCCGUGGCCGGCGUACCGCGGGUACCACGAGUACUCCUUUGCGCACGAGACAAUGGGCAAGCGUCUGCCGACGAUUCUCGGCAACGCUGUGGACGACGUGGUGCGCACGCUCAACGAGGAGUCCGACGAGGAGCGCAUUACCGACCUGCUCGGCUGCAUCGACCGUAUGCACACGCUCAUGAGCGAGCUGCAGUCGAACCAGGUGCUGCGUCCCAUCAUUGACGACGAGGAGGGCGAUAUUCCGCUGUGGAACAAGGCGAUUGCCAAGUACUUCAAGGGCAAGGACUUUAUGAACGCGCCGUGGCUCUUUGCCGAGGCGUACAAGUACCGCCGCCUGCACGAGUGCUUCUCCUUGUCGCGCAACUGGCGCGAUUACGACGUCUUUUUCCGCCAGAAGUGCGACACCUUUGCGCGUUCAGACAAGGCCGUCUUUGAGCUGUCUACGCGUUUUGCCGUCCCGCACAAGCUCGACGGCGACGCGAAGGACACGGUGCGCAAGAUGCUCUUCCUCGAGCUCACGCAAAUCUCGCUCUGGGGCAACGCGACGGACCUUUCGCUGCUGAUCAACAUGACCGAGGAGGACAUCAAGAAGAUCCAGUCGACCGGUGGCGAGCACCUCGCUGCCACCGAGAAGAACAUCCUCGGCAACCACCUCAACCGCCUCUGGGAGCUCGUGGCGAACAUGAAGGGCGGCCGCAUCGACUUUGUGCUCGACAAUGCUGGCUUUGAGCUGUACUGCGACUGCGUCUACGCCGACUGGCUGAUCCAGUCGGGCAUCGCGCGCGAGGUGCACUUCCACGGCAAGCGCAUCCCGUGGUUCGUCUCGGACGUGACGCGCAAGGACUGGAACUGGCUGCUGAACUCGAUGACCUACGGCUUCCUCUUCCCCGACUCGACCGACGCCGAGAUGCAGUCGCUGCGCGAGCUCGGCAAGCGCUGGAAGCAGUACGUCAAGGAGGGCAAGUGGAUCUACGAGCAGCACCCCUUCUGGUGCACCGGCUACACCUUCUGGUCGAUCUCGUCCGAGGCGCCGGACCUCUUCCAUUACCUGUGCGAGAGCGACAUGGUGAUCUUCAAGGGCGACCUGAACCACCGCAAGCUCACGUACGACUGCCAGGCGCCGACCAGCACGCCGUUCGACGUGGCAAUCGGGCCGCUGGCGAGCGAGGCGGGUGCGCCGCCGGUCGUGUCGCUGCGCACGAUCAAGUCGGACGUCGUCGUGGACGUCCCGCUGGAGGUCUCGGAGCGCCUCGACAAGGCCGAGCCGGGCUGGCGUAUCUCGGGCAAGUACGCCGUCGUGCUCCUCAGCGACGACGAGCGCCGCAAGGAGAAGGCGAGUGCGCCGCAGGCGUCUUCGUAG